UUAGGAGCGUAUAUAUAACCAAAAUAAGAAGUGGCACGAAAUUGAAUAGAGUUAUUUCCGCCCGUCAGAUGUCUUGUUCUUUUCCUGUGCACGCCUCCUUUAUUUUACACGUGGUUGAGACACAGAGACAUUAUUUGACAAAUUAAAGAUGGGAGAUAAUAUGGAAACAUUUGAUGAUUUCGGUGGUGGUGCUACCGAAACGAUGCAAGCAGGUUGGUCUGCAGAAUUGCCUGAAAUUAAACUUUUUGGACGAUGGAAUUGUGAAGAUGUACAAGUCAGUGAUAUGUCUUUGCAAGAUUACAUCGCCGUUAAGGAGAAAAAUGCAAAAUAUUUGCCUCACUCUGCAGGCAGAUAUGCGGCUAAACGUUUCCGUAAAGCUCAAUGUCCCAUUGUUGAGCGUCUCACUAAUUCACUUAUGAUGCAUGGACGAAAUAAUGGUAAAAAGCUCAUGGCCGUGCGUAUCGUGAAACAUUCAUUUGAAAUCAUUUAUUUGCUGACAGGCGAAAAUCCUCUUCAGGUACUUGUAACGGCGAUUAUAAAUUCAGGACCUAGGGAAGAUUCGACGAGAAUUGGACGUGCUGGUACUGUGCGUCGUCAAGCAGUUGAUGUUUCACCAUUGCGACGAGUCAAUCAAGCGAUAUGGUUACUUUGCACUGGAGCCAGGGAGGCUGCUUUCCGCAAUAUAAAAACAAUUGCUGAAUGUUUGGCUGAUGAGCUCAUUAAUGCGGCAAAAGGUUCAUCAAAUUCUUAUGCAAUUAAGAAGAAGGACGAACUUGAACGUGUCGCAAAAUCAAACAGAUAAACUGUUCUCUCUUCUUAUUCGUAAGAAAUAAACUUAAGUAUAUACAUUUACAAACAAA